CUUCGCACCACCAUCUUGAAAUGCAAUGUCAUCGGCGCGUCUCGUACCUCGUUCGUAAGCGCUCGUAAGUAAAAGGUGGCGGAGAGUCGGUCACAAGAGGGUCUCGUGCAACGGCAAUUUUCCUUUUCUAUCGGCAAACAUGUCGAGUGGUGCGCUUUUCGGCAAUAACGCUUCGCGCGGCGCCUCGAAAAACCUCGUGGAGUUCAAGGCUGGCAAAAUGACCGUGAAAGGCAAGAUGGUUUAUCCGGACACGCGAAAGGGCCAACUCUACGUCUACCAGUCCGACGACUCGUUAAUGCACUUCUGUUGGAAGGACCGGACGAGCGGAGUCGUGGAAGACGAUUUAAUUAUCUUCCCUGACGAUUGCGAAUUCAAGCACGUUCCCCAGUGCAAGACCGGCAGAGUGUAUCUUCUGAGAUUCAAGUCGUCGAAUAAGAAAUUCUUCUUUUGGCUACAGGAUCUCAAAACUGAUAAAGAUGAGGAGCACUGCAGAAAAAUUAACGAUGUACUUAAUAAUCCACCGACCCCGGGAUCCCAGAGGAGUGGCAGUACCAACGCCGAAGGGGAUCUGCAGAAUUUAUUAAACAACAUGUCGCAGCAACAGCUCAUACAGUUGUUCGGCGGCGUUGGCCAGAUCGGUGGCCUGGGUAGUUUAUUAGGUACAAUGAAUAGACCGCACGGUGUUCAGAGUACAAGGGCUUCCACUACGACUUCAUCCACUCCAGCCACUACAAACGUGACUAGACCACCCCAUUCGUUGACUCCUGGACCUAAUGCGGACUCGAAAUCUUCGAGUAAUAAUAAAUCGUCCACGAGAACAACAGCUCCGUCCACGCCGGCUGCGUCAGUGGCAGCUCCAAGUAAUAGAAUACAACUUAGCGAUUUGCAGAAUUUUCUAUCGGAAAUUCCGACGCCACCUCGGACGGAGCCAACUGUGCAGAGGGGCGUAGCGACAGAGCUGACCAACGCUAUACCAGCGGCGAUCUCUACGACGGAGAGCCUGGAGAGUGUCAUGAACGUGCACUUGCCGGCCGGGGACAACCUGUCUACCACGCUAUCGUCUCCCCAGUUCUCCCAGGCGCUAUCAAUGUUCUGGUCUGCUUUGCAGUCGGGCCAGGCGGGCCCUGUCAUCCGUCAAUUCGGCUUGGGACCGGACGCCGUCAAUGCCGCGGCCAGUGGAAACAUCGAAGAAUUCGUCAGCGCACUGGAGUCGGAAGCGAAGAACGGCCAGGGACAGCAAGCGCAACAGGGACAAGACGACAAGAAUAAGAAGCAAUCACCACCGGCCGCUAGUCCCGAUAAGAAGGACGAUGACGACGAAGGCAUGGCUUUAGAUUAAGGAUAGGAUUUGUACGCGUCUCUCGUGCGUCAGACGUUUCGCUUUUCUAUUCAGAAACCAUGCGUUGCAUGUUAUGUUACGAUGAAUCUAUAUACGAAAUAAAAAAAAAUCUCAAUGGACGCAUUUUUCGAAAUAAUUUAGAUAUAUACAUAAUAUAAUUUCGAUAACAUACUUUUUGGACGUAUAUGUAAACGUUUUUUCCAAGCACUCGAGAAUCUGGUACUUUUACUUUUAUUCAUGAGAGAUUAGCAAACACAUCGAUCAAAUAGAAACAGGAGAUUCAUCACGCGCUAUUAAAAUUACACAUAUGUACGAAAAAUUAAUAUACUGGACAUUUUGUAUACA